AUGAGAGAUGCUAUAGCUGUCUUCAAAAGGAAAAGAAAGAUAUACUCGAUGGGACCUUUUGAUCCGCUGAUUUUAGAUGCAGUGGCCGGGCUAGAGGAGAUGGCAAGAAGUGCAUACGAAGACGAGCUCCUUUACAUUGAAGUGAAUGGGUGGAUGAUCAGCACGCUUUCUGGAGUUGACGGAGUCCUUGUUAUCCUAGUAAGCAGAAGAAUAGACAUGGAGAAACUGAAGUAUGUAUAUGAGUCCUACCGCAUAUGUGUGGCCUACGAAAACAUGAGUCUGAUGGACUUUCUUAUAGGGAUGUACGAUACAAAGGCCAACAAUGAAAAAUAG